AUGCAUAUCUCAGCCAUAUCCCUCGCAAUAGCGAGUCUAGCAACUCAAGUCCUCGCCGGACCAGACCUCGCAAUCAACUUCCCAGGAUUUCUACGCACUCGCGCCGAAUCCGGGAAUCUGCAGACAUUCAGCAGCGCCCUUGGCGGCAUACCCGCAGAACCCAUAACGUCGACAACGGACGCAAAGCGACCUUUCCAAGUAGACGGCACAACAUUCACUGAUUUCCGGAGCGCCGCUUCGCGAUCGUGUAGUCUGCAGCAUAACAAGUGUGCUACGCUAGCGAACUCGAAAGACGGGAGUAAUUCGGGUGGGAUCAAGGUUGGGGAUUGUGAUGAUCAACAAUCGGAAUGUCAAGCGGUUGCGAAAGCUGGUUCAUCCGCAGCGUCGGCGGUAGUGCAAGAGGCUGAAGCUGCAACCGCUUCAGUGUCAGCAUCGGAACCUACAUUGCAUAGUUCGGAUGCGAAUUUCUUCUACUUCUGCGAUCCAUGA